AAAAAGCACGACAACUCAAACUGAAUCAGCCAGCAGAAAUGUUGAGAAGAGCGCUGCUCCGACCUUCCGCCCUCCGCCGCCUCUUGCCGCCGUCUCCUUCCUAUUCUCCGCUCUCGGCUCUCGCUCGCAUCCGUCCGACAGUGCUCCUCUUCUUCAUCACAGUCAUUCCGUCGAACAGUUGGAGGAUACCCCUCCGCCACCAUCUCCAUUGAUCGCUCCGAUUUGUACAAUCCGACUGAGCAUUCACACGAGCCCUCGGCUGACUCGGAGCUAGUUAAGCACCUCAAGAACGUAAUCAAGUUCAGAGGUGGCCCGAUUACAGUUGCUGAGUACAUGGAUGAAGUUUUAACGAAUCCGAAAUCCGGAUAUUACAUGAAUCGCGAUGUUUUUGGUAAGGGAGGCGAUUUCAUUACGUCGCCGGAAGUCAGCCAGAUGUUCGGAGAGAUGAUUGGUAUCUGGGCAGUGUGCCUUUGGGAGCAAAUGGGGCAGCCUGAUAGGAUCAAUUUAGUCGAGCUUGGACCUGGCAGAGGAACUCUGAUGGCUGAUCUUCUGCGUGGUGCAUCAAAGUUCAAGAAUUUUACGGCUUCUUUGGCACUACAUUUGGUUGAAUGUAGCCCAGCACUGCAGAAAUUCCAGUAUCAGAAAUUGAAGUGCACGACAGAAGAAAUUGUUGAUGUAGAUUCUGGUACGAGGCAUAUUAGCACGUUGGCGGGGAACCCUGUAUCGUGGCAUGCAAUGCUUGAGCAGGUUCCUACCGGAUUGCCUACAAUCGUCAUCGCCCAUGAGUUCUAUGAUGCUCUGCCAGUGCACCAAUUUCAGAAAGCUUCUCGUGGUUGGUGUGAGAAGAUGGUUGAUGUUACUGAAAAUUCUUCGUUCCGUUUUGUUUUAUCUCCACAACCGACACCUGCAGCUCUCUAUCUUGUGCAGCGCUGCAAGUUGGCUAAGGCUGAAGAAUUUGCUAAGCUUAGUCAAAUCGAGGUUUGCCCCAAAGCAAUUGAUUUAACACAAGAAAUUGCCAACAGAAUUUCUGUGGAUCGUGGUGGAGCUGUCAUAAUAGAUUAUGGCCUCAAUGGAAUAAUCGCAGACAGUCUACAGCAAAUGUAGUUUUGAGUUCACAGUUGAACUCAUAAGUUUGAUCCAGGCAGUGCUGAUCUCAGUGCAUACGUUGAUUUCGAAGCAAUUAGGUGUUCUGCUGAGGAAAUCCCUGAUGUGUCUGUCCAUGGUCCAAUAACUCAGUACGAGUUUCUUGGUUCUCUGGGAAUAAACUUUCGGGCCGAAGCCCUGUUGCAGAACUGCAAUGAAGAACAGGCCGAAUCUCUUAGGAUGGGAUAUUGGCGUUUAGUUGGGGAAGGGGAAGCCCCAUUCUGGGAGGGUCCGGACGAGCAAACGCCUAUCGGAAUGGGAACACGUUAUUUAGCCAUGGCAAUCAUCAUCAAGAAGCAAGGCAUUCCGGCUCCAUAUCAGGAGUAGAAUAUUGGUCUAAGUAUGCCAUGCAUUUCUUACUACACAACAGCAUUGGCUUCGUAGAAAUUGUUGUUACGAAGUACUAUAAGAGGAGUCUUGUUCUGGAUGUAUACGUUAAUAAAAAAAUAAAGAGUUCAUUUGGUACCAUGAUAUUGGAAUUGCGUUAGAAUUGUAAGUUUAUGGAAUUGACUUUGAAGUAUAAUAUUCUAAGUGAAUUUCAAAUUCUUUAUUUAGUAAA